CAGGUUCGUUGCAAGAAUAUGAUUUUUGUGCUAUUAACUUUGAUAUUUUCCUCAUUUUUAAAUUCCGUGAAUGGAAAAGUCAAUGGAGAUUACAAUUGUUCAUAUUCUGUGACCUUUUCUACCCCCGAUGUGUGGAGAUAUUCUCCGUCAGCUGUUUCUUGCUCUAACGUUAUCUCAGAUGCAGCCUGCAACGUUCUUUACCCAGGAGUCGGAUCAGGCCCUCCAGGUGCUGACGAGUUUCAAGACAGACCUCUGCCAUGCUAUACUACGGAUAAAGUAACACCAGCUGCAAUUGUAGAAGAUGUAAAGAGAGCAGCUAUUGCUAGUUGUCCCAAAAAUUGCGGGUAUUGCUGUCUGACACCCGACUACAAGUGCUCAAAUGUCGCAUUUCCUCGUCUAAACUGUGCCUCCAUCACAAAGACCCAAUGUAAUUCAAUUGCUUGGAGAACCAUCAUUGCACAAGAUUGCCCCGCUUCAUGUGGAUUCUGCAACAUGGGAGGUUGCGUUGAUGCCGUUACGGAUUGUGCGAACGACGUCUCAAUUUGCAAUGUAGUUGGAUUGCAAGACUUUGUAAAUCAGUAUUGCCAGAAAACCUGCGCGAGAUGCCCAUCUACAACGGCUACAUCCGCUGUUGCUGCUGCUGUUGCUGCUGCUUCAGCCCCAUGUACGACAUAUUCUCCCGAUUCGAGUCCUUCGUGCGCUGCCUGGGCUAAGAAUGGAUUCUGCACGAACUUGUCUUACACGUUGGCACAGAGAAAAUCAUACUGUGCAAGAACAUGCCGAAUUUGUUGAAAUGAAGUACUAAAUAUUAAUUAUGUGUGUUCUAUGUUCUAAGUUUAAAU